AAUGAGAAAAAUAGCGCUCUUUUUUGUUAAACGAUAUGUUCAAUUAAAUUUAAUUGUCUGUGAAUAUGAAUCACUCGAUAAUAAGGUGUGCUUGUUAAUUAACUUAAUUGCUUAUUGAACAAUUUCAAAGACGCUAGAGCUUUUUCUCGAUUUUUUCUCCCAAGUGCUAAUUCGUGACUUUAAAUAUUCUUUUGUCAAUGAUACGUAGUGGAAAAUGUUAUGUAAAUUUUAAUUAAAGACCACGACGUAGGGUAAUGUAAUGUAAAUUCAAUUCAUUGAUGCUAAAAGUUUAAGCAUGGGGAAAAACGUGCCAUUUAAACGGGAUUAAAAUUGGAAAUUGGAUAUUUUUUAAGGACCGACGCAAUAAAACAUCUCGUGAAGGAUAAACAACGGAAUUUUCGUUAGUUGAUUAGUCAUAAGUGGUUGUAAAUAAAACAUUUCCUAAUUAUAUUAGUGAAAAUGUGGUGUUUGCAAAACUUCGAUUCAGUGCAUUUGUUAAAUAAUAGUGAUGUGGGUAGCGCAAGGGCUGUUUGGAUGCCGUGAGCGUAGCGACGCUAUUUAAACGGAGGGCGCGUCGUUCAGCUUCACUAGUAUCACGACGUUUGGGCCGUAUCACUACCACCUGUUAGGAUGACCCCGUUGGCCGUCGUUUUGACUUUGUUUUCAUGUUCGGUACUAGUGAUUAGAGGACAUCCCGGAUUUGAAAUCCAACCAGAGGUGAAUGCUAGACGGUUGUUGAAUUCUGUCCAUUUACAGAAACAAUUAACUAGAGGACCAUUAGCUCAAGCGCGUUCGAAAAGGACGUCAGAUCACAUAAUAACAGAUUGCAUUUUUAUGACAUCUGAAGAGGGCGACUUUUACCACAAAUCGAGCAUUGCUGAUGGUACCGCUUGUGGGGCUUACAUUUUCAGCGAUCCCGACCAAACCAUCGAAGUCCACUUCAAUUAUUUGGACGUUCCUUGUGAAAACGGCGGUUUAGUAUCUUUUGUGGAUGGUUGGGAGUUGAACGGCCAAUUUUUCCCCAGCCCUUCCGACCAUCCCUUGCCCUUAAAUUCCCGAUUUACCGAGUUCUGCGGCAAGAGGAAAGUCAAACAGACGUUUAAAAGCUCGCAGAAUGUGGCACUUAUUCAGUAUCGGAUGCCGGCCAAAGGCACGAGUUUCGGAUUCAGCGUCAGGUUUAUUAAGAAUCCGACGCCCUGCAAUGUGUUGUUCCAGUCGAUGGAGGAUAUUUAUACGUUGAGAAAUUACGGGAAAAGAUCGAAUUGUAGUUUGAGUACUUUGUUCCCUGCUGCAGUAAGAGUCGCUUCUUUGAAUAUUGGAAUUGUUUCCAGUCUUGGAAGAGGCAUCGAGUUGGAAACUGGCACCAUCCAUAAGGUGCGGUCGCAGUGUCAAAAACGUGGCUUGGACGACUACUUACAAAUCGGCGGUUCCCGAGGCUUGGACAACGCGAAUUUGCUCAUCGCGGAUUCAGUUUGUGGACUCGACUCAAAACCAGGAAAGCACGUGGAAGUGAUCGCAUGUGGGACUACUACCGUUCGUCUUGUGUCCAGUGGAGCUUUCGAUAAUUCCGCAACAGUGGCCAUUCGAGGACUGACAGAAGACGAUAUCAACGGAUACAUGAGCGUCUUUUGUCAAGAGGAAGCACUCAAAUAAGACUAUUACCAACACAUAUCUGUAAAUCAAUUUUUUGUGUCAUUGUGUAUUAUAUCCGAUGUAAUUAGUUUCCGGUUCGAUGAACAAUUAUAACAUUUAGGUUUUUUAUGUUUGUUAGUGGUAGAUGUUUCGUUUGUUUCAAUAAAAUUAAAUAAAAUUGUUUCUUGUACUAAAGAAGGAAGUGUUGGUUGCGAACAUUGUACCCACAUUUCACAUACAAGGAGAAUCAAAUAAAAAAUAUAAAAAAAUAUCUCAUUGCAAAUAAAUGGCAUUUUUAGUUAUUUAAAACCAAUAGGGAAUAUCUAAGGUGUCAGUUUAUUUAUUUAUAAUUAGUAUAGAAACCUGAGUGUAUAUAGUAAUCUAAUAAAUUUAUUUAA